UCUCCUAUCGCCAUCUCUAUCUCUUCUCCGCCAUUGAUUAACCUCUCACGCACCCUCUCUCCUCUUCUUCUCUUUUAAAAUCUUCCCUUUUAUCCAUCAACUUAUCUAUCUACCGACACCCCUCCGUUCCUCUUCCUUGUUGACAGUGAAAUGGCGGAGCUCUGCGUUGCUGCCUCGCCGGCGGGGGCCCCGACAACGACGGCCACUUGCCGCCAUGGGUGAGCUCAAAGGCGCCUCCUUUUCCUUGGAAUCGUCUCUCCCUCUCGGCCUUUCGGGUUUUCCGAUGAACACCUCGGCGGCGGCGGCGGGGUUCGGGGCGCGGCCUCCCUUCACGGCGGCGCAGUGGCAAGAGCUGGAGCACCAGGCGUUGAUCUACAAGUACCUGACGGCCGGGGUGCCCGUGCCGCCCGAGCUCUUGAUUCCUAUCCGGAGGAGCUUCGAAGCCCUACCUGGUCGAUACUGGCACCAUCCUGCUCUAGCUUACUGUUCCUACUACGGAAAGAAGCUGGACCCUGAGCCAGGGCGGUGCCGGCGAACCGAUGGGAAGAAGUGGCGCUGUUCCAAGGACGCUCACCCUGACUCCAAGUAUUGUGAGCGUCACAUGCAUCGCGGCCGCAACCGUUCAAGAAAGCCUGUGGAAUCACAAUCACAACCUGCCUCCCAACUGCAGUCAUCUUCAACAACAGUCACCGCUGCGAGCAGCAGUGGUGCUGGUGGUAGUGGUGGGGGAAACUCGCAGAGCAUAAAUCCCCAGCAUUCUGUUGCGAGUCAUGUCAAUGCCCAAAGCUUGUGCCUUGGUGGCUCCAGCUUGACUCAGCUGUCCAUGGACACUGGUCCUUAUGUUAACAGUUGCAGGUACUUCUCUGGCGUUAAACCUGGUGUGGAUGAACACAGUUUCUUCUUAGAAACUACUGGAAACGCAAGGAGCCUCGUUCUGGAUUCAGUCGACAGUUCAUGGUGCUUGACACCUUCACGAGUUUCUUCGUUUCCCCUGUUGAAAACUAGAGAACCUUCUUCUCUCCUCCAGAGCUCUUACCCUCAGCUUCAGUCACUUCAAGAUAAUAUCGGCCAGGUUGCUGGCAGUUCAACUUCAAGACAGCAGCAGCAGCAGCAGCAGCAGCAGCAGCAAUCUUUCAUGAGUAGUGAGUUUGGUUCGACGGAGCCGAAGCACGAAAGCCAAUUCCUCCGGCCUUUCUUUGACGAGUGGCCGAAAGCAAGAGACUCAUGGUCCGACAUCGAGGAAGACAAAUCCAACCGCACAUCCUUCUCGACCACUCAGCUCUCGAUGUCCUUUCCCAUGGCUUCCUCCUCUGAUUUCUCUACUACCUCUUCCAGGUCACCCAACGGUGAGUCUGUUCUUGAGAUUCUUUGAUGAAUGCUUCUUCUCAUGCCAUUUUGAUUCCUCGUUCUCGACUCGCAGAUGAUUGAAAUGGAGGAGGAAUUCCAUUGGAGAAGAAGAACUUGUUUGCAGCAUGCCUUUCUUUGCCAUUGGAGAAGAACUUGUUUCAGUAAUCUGCUGUUCUUAUUUUUCUCGAACUCUAAGUAAAUUUCAUUGGCUGUCUUGUUAAUUUUGUUCACAGGAAACCUGAUGUGUCCUGCGAUUUAAACAAAGCAACGAUUACUAAUGA